AUUUCACAUCCACUCAGCAAAUGCCACCUCCUUCUUUCAUUCCUGUUCGUCCUCUUACUGCCCCUCCUGGUGGCCCUCUUGCUGUCCCUCCUAGUGGCCCUCUUGCUACAGCUUUCGCUUCUACUACUGCUCAUUCGAACAGGAGUACCUCUGAACAAAGCCACUCUCCCUUGCACCCCAACACAAACCCAUUCUCCAUGGAUUUCCAAGAAAUAUCAAAUGAAGCUCAAUCAAGACAUGUAGAAGGUGGAAAUGGGAGAAAGCGCAAGCAAAGCCAAAUUGGAGCAGCCAUUGAAAGUUUUGUGGAUUUUAAGAGGAGCGCCAAAACGCUCGAAGGUAUUGAAGAAGUGUCUAUGGAAAAGUGUCUAGACAAGUUGGAUACAAUUGAUGGGUUCACAGAUGAGGAUAGAUCAUAUGCAAUGGAGGUCUUUGAAUCUGCGAUAAACCGAGAGGUGUUUAUGAAGUCAAAAAACCACAAUGCUAGAUUACUUUGGUUGAAGAGGAAAAUUAGUGUGUUAAGUGGAAGCAACACAUGAAGCGGACAUGGAGAAGGAAGCUGGCAUGAAACUAAAACGCAUUAAGUUGACAUAUGGCGUGCAUGUUUUAGAUGUCUUAUUCUACUUCCAAACUUCCUAAUACUCCAUUUUUAUAUUAUAUUGCCUAUCUGUACGUGUGAAUGGAGAUAAUGAUAUUAUGUGAUGUGAUGAUGGAUGGAUUAGCUUCGUUGAAUAUUACAUGAUAUUAUGUGAUGGUGAUAUUAA